AUGGCAAGUGACAAUUACAAGGUUGUGUUGAAGAGCCACUUUGCCGGCAAGAUUCCAGUCACCGUGUAUCGGUCGGAACGUACUGGAUUGCAUGUUGCUUUGGCUCAAACGAAAGGACCGACUGUUUCUUGCCAAAUUAACUUUGGUUUGUUGUUUUUCAUUUUUUUGAGUUUUAGGUCACUGAUAUCGGGUUAGACAACUUACGGUAGAUGGAAAAGGACAAGCGAUAAAUAUACUUUCUUUUGUUUAGUUUUACAUUAAAUGGCAGUUUUAAAUAAUAUUGUCUUAUGUAUAGCAGUUUUUAGAUCUCGUCUUUCGAAAAGAUAAUGGAAGACAAAUUUUUUGAUGAGUUUUAGUGUAGCUGGUAAUUAGGUAAAAACAAAUAGUGUUUAUUUGAAGAAGUAACUUAUGAGUUAGCGAAAUUAAAAAAAAAGAAUUUGGAAGAUUAUCUUUUAAAAUAAUUGAUUUAGCUUUGGUAAAAUUUAUUUUUUAGCUACUGAAACAGAAACUGAUGAUGGUCUACCUCAUACUUUGGAGCAUUUGGUUUUUAUGGGAAGCAAGAGUUUUCCAUUCAAAGGUGGAUUAGAUCUUCUAUCGCUUAAUGCUAUGGCUGUUGAUGGAACGAACGCUUUUACUGCUCAGGUAAGGUUUUGCUGAUUUUUUGUUUUAUUUUUAGAUAAUGAGUUGUCAAUGCAACGAUGUUAUACUGGGCAGUUUUAAGUUAAUUUUAUAUUAUUCUACAGUCUGGUAUAGUAUAAAGGAAAAUUUAAUAUCGCUUUUGGUACAAUUUUUUACUUCCAGGAUCACACUGGCUACACAGUCAAAACGAUUGGAGUUCAAGGAAUGCAGCAAUUCAUCCAUAUUUACUGUGAUCAUCUUCUUAAUCCCCUACUAACCCCCGAGAACUACAAGACUGAAGUGUAUCAUAUAACGCCGGAGGGAGUUGAUGCUGGUGUUGUAUACUCUGAGAUGCAGGAACACGAGAACAUGUUGGAAUGUAUUGUACAUAGACAACGAUUGGCUUCAGUCUUUCCUGACAAUGCUUGUUUUAGAGUCGAAACUGGAGGAAGGUUAAAGGUACUGGUCAAUUUUAAAUUGUUUUGUAAUUUAAGCACGCUAACGGAUGUUUAGACUUUAGAUUUGUUGAAAAAAAGAUAAAUUGGGUUUAAAAUUCAAAUUUAUUGUGAUAAAGCCUUAUACAUUGUAGGAGAUCCGAGAGUUAUGUUCACUUGAAAGAGUCAGAAACUACCAUCAGAAGUACUAUCACCUUAAAAACAUGUGGAUAUAUCUAUGUGGAGCUGUGAACCCAGAAGAAAUGUUUAAGUCCAUUGACAAGAUUGAUGCCGCACCUGAAAAUGCUCCACCAGCCGAAUUUGUUCGACCAUUUUCAAACUGCACUAUACCUGAUAUCAAGCACAAGAGAACAGAACCGGUGGUCGUAAAAGGGCCAGCUGAUCAAGAGGACGAAGGAGUGGUACAAAUCGGAUUCUUGGGACGAGCGGCUUCAGAAUCGGAAUGGAUUUCAGCUGUCCAGAUCUUGUCAACUUAUUUGACCAAAACAACUUCAGCACCACUUCAAAAGGAGAUGGUGCUUACGGCCGAUCCGUACUGUGAGAGUGUUUACAUGAGCUUGGAUAUGUUGCCAAGAUGUGAAACCACUUUUGACUUCAGUGGGGUACCUGUGGACAAGUUGGACCAAAUUCAAGAAAGGUAAGGAGAUUCAAAGCGUAUUUUAGAAACAAUUGAAGUUUUAUUAUUUAUUGUAAAUUUAUAUAGACACUUGUGUCUUUUACUAGGUGAUAUUACACGUUUUUAAACUUUUAUUGUGUCUUUUUAACAAAGAAUAGGAAAAAUAUUGUUGUUGAUUAACUUACGAUGACUUUUUAGAUUCUUCAAUGUGAUUCGACAAAAUACGACAGCCGAAACUAUUGAUUUAGAAAGAAUACGAUACAUUAUUGAACGAAAGAUUAAGAAGUUGUACUCAAAGGUAUGUCAUUUUUCAUAUUACGGAUUUAGAACUAUGUUUUGUGAGUUAACGGAUAAACGAAAAAACGUUACAGUUUUAAAAAAAUAAUAUUUUGACUAAAACAGCAUUAAUUAUUUUAAAAAUUUUGUCAUUUCAGUUGGAAAGCAAUGUUGCUAACACAGUUUUCAACGGCCUUACUCUAUUCCAAUUGUUCUCCGACUCUCACGACAACAAACAACAUUUCGAAGCCGUGAUGAACCCAAUCCCAAUUUUGGAGACAUUACUGACAAAACCAGUCACAUACUGGUCGGAGAUUUGUCAGGAAUUGUUCCAAGACAAUUGUGCUGUUGUUAUCGGCAAAGCUGAUGAAAAAAUGGCAGCAGAAUUGAACGAACUCGAGAAAACGAGACUGAAAGACCUGACCAACAACUUGGACAAGUACGGAUGUCAUAUUCUGGAGAAGAGCGGGGAGGAUGAGGUAAGGAAUGGCUUUAAUAUUGAAUGUUGUGCUUGAGUGAUAAUGUCUUUGGUUAUUAGACGAUAAAAGGCUAUUUUUGCUAGAUUUUUUUGUCUGAUUAGGUAUAGUAGGUAUCAAAAAUCGGUGGUUUCUUUGAAAACUGCAUAACUUUUUUUUAAAUUAGCUAGAAGCUUGAAAUUUUUUUGUGAUAGUUGAAUGGUUUAACGUCGUAAAAAACGAAAAAUAUUAUUUUGAAAUUUACUAUGAUACUGAAAUUACAGUACUUUUAUUUAACUUGAAUUUUUAAAUAUUUUUUAGUCUUAUUGUUUUGGAUUAACCGUAAAAUUACACAUCUGGCUGUUUUUCCACUAUUAGUUUAAGUUUAUCUUUUAAUAUAACAGUAAUUAUUCUACCUUGCCAGACCCAAUCAGCCAACUCUCCAAUGUCUGUCUCUCCUAAAUCUCUUCCAAAGUCUUCAAAACAAAACCCAAAGUCAAGAAAACCGAUAAGAAAACUUCAGAACAAAGUGCCCAAUCUUAGUGCCAUCGAACGAUCGAAAACUUUGCAAAAGUUUGAUUUGUUCAGCGUAAAGUCAUCGCUAGUUCUGCCAAAGGCAUUGGAAGGUGGAGAAGUUAAAGUGGAUUGGUACAAAGAUGCUAGCCAAAAGGUUGCCAUCAACGAGCUGCCAUUUACAGCUGUGGUUCAUGAUGUGGAUUCGAGCUUUGUUAGGGUAGGUUUUGCUGUGGAUGGUUUUUAAGUUUAUUGCUGUUUCAGGUUAUAUUAGGUUCUUCAAAUAAUUAUGUGCCACUUAACCCUAAAGAAAGGACAUAGAAUUAUUUGAACAAACUAAUAGGAGGCUAUUACUAAAAGUUAAAGUUACAUUUAAGUUUGCCAAUAACGUUAUUUAAAUAACGACAUUUGACUAUACAUUUUCAGACCUUGUUCAUGUUCGACCUGAAGCAGGUCCCAUUGAAACUUCGCAAAUACGUGAUGAUCUUCACUGAUCUCUUGUUCAGUUCUCCGGCUACCGUUGAUGGACAACAAUUGACGGACAAACAAGUAGCGGACCUUUUCACAAAAGAAAUUAUGGAAAAGAGCUGUGACAUGGGCUUCCUUCAGAACUAUCUUCACUUCUUCCAUCUUUAUCUUGAGGUACGGUGAUGGAAAAGCUGAUUUUUAUUUUGUUUUAGAUCCAAAAUUGAAUUUUGCUUGUAUUAGUUAAUGUUUCUAACAAACAAUAUUGUUUUAGUGUGCUAAUUAACAUAAACUGUCUUCUAUUUUACUGCUGGGAUCAAAGUUAUUUAACUUUUUUAUUACAGAUGCCCGCUGAUGAAUUCCACCUCCUCCCUAAAUGGACUCAAAUCAUCUUGAACAACACCAUCUUUGAACGAGAAAAAGUCUUAUCUAUCGUCAAGAAUCUGGCUUCAGGAGCCUCCAGUUCGAAACGUGAUGGCUUCACAAUGUGCCAAAACAUAAUGCACAGCUUGAACAACUCCAAAGACCACGAAAGUCGUUGGCACGAAGACGUUGUUCUCGAGAAAUUCCAUCGUCAACUGGCCAAGAAGUUGGAGAAGGACAACGCUGAAGCUCAACAAAUCAUCGACGAUCUGAAUGAACUCAGAAAUCACAUUUUGAGAGCUCCAUUGAAUGCACAUUUGAUCUGUGAUCCGCGAAAGUUGGGAGCCAAGGCCAAGCUCGACAAGAAGAGCUGGGAAUUCUUGGACUUUACCGAGAAGAACGUCGCUCCUGUGGCCAAGAUUCAGGUAAAUUUGGGAAGAAAACUCUAGGAGAAUAAACGAACUGAAGCUGAUUAUUGAUAAAACCACAUUUAACUUACCUUUACUUAAAAUUAGACCGCUAAAAAAUAAAAGUAUUUCAGUUCGACCGUGAAGAAGAUGGAGCUCGUUUCAAGACCUGGGCCCCAGGCCAGAAGGUGAUCAAGGUCGAUUCCACUGACUCGAGCUACUUCCUCCAACGUGUCCAUUGUGAGCACAGCUACGGGUCCCCGGAACACGUUGCUUUAUUACUGUGGACCAACUACCUAUCCAUGAUGGAAGGAGUUUUGUGGAAAGAAGUCAGAGGAAACGGAUUCGCUUACGGUGCCAACCUCUACGUGUCCCCAGACCAUCAGUCAAUGACCAUGAAUCUGUACCGCUGCUCCAGAAUCAUCGAAGCCUACGAGGCGUCGAAGAAGGCGGUGUUGAAGGUGUUUGAUGAAGAAUUGAUUGACUCUGAGCUCUAUGAGAGUGCGAAGAGAGGCUGUGUGUCUAACACAAUGUCCAAGUAUUCGUCAUUGAAGUCGACAGCUACGUUGACGGCCUUCAACGAUAUGAGAGGAAUCAAGAUGGAGGACAUUGAGUAAGUUAAAGUAAAAUAGUUGGGAAUUGGGUCGUUUUUGCCAAUAAGUCGACGAAUUUAUUUGAAGUAUUUAGUUUUAAAAUUUAACCGACAAAAAUAGCGCAUAGAGAUCUUCAACUAAUUCAAACCACCUUUAGAGCCCUAACCCACCAGAUCUGGGACGCGGACAUGAAGGAAUCCUUCCAACUGGCCAAGCCCUUCAUCAUGAAGAUGUUCGACGAAGAGCAUUGCCUCCGUGCCAUCGCUUGCCCAUCAAACAAGGUCGAAGACGUGAAGAAGAACUUCCCCAAGAUCGAAACCGUCACCGUCGCCGACCUCCAAUACACUCCAGAAUAA